AUGGAAGGGCUGGCGGGGUAGAGCAUCAGCCUGCUGGGCGAAGCAGCGCCGCGCGCCGACUCGCCGCGCCUGGGCUCCGCCGGAGCAGCUUUUAUUAUGCUGAGAUCGGCGCUGGGCGCCGGGCUGCUCAACUUCCCCCGGGCUUUCCACAAAGCCGGCGGUGUCAGCGCCGCUGUCGGAGUGGAAAUGGUGUUCCUGGUGUUUCUGAUCAGCGGCCUGGUGAUAUUGGGUCACGCCUCCUUAGCCAGUGGGCAGAGCACCUACCAGGGUGUGGUGCGGCAGCUGUGUGCCGUUGCCGCCGGCCGGCUCUGCAGUGGCUGCUUCCUCUUCAGCCUCUUCAUGGUCUCCGUGGCCUUCCUGGUGGUGAUGCAGGACCACUUGGAAAAGUGUGAGUUGCUGCCUCCGGAAUGCAGUGGAGUGUUUCGGAAGAGAACAUAUAGCUGUGGCAUACGCUGCAUGAAGGAAUGCAGUGGAGUGUUUCGGAAGAGAGCAUAUAGCUGUGGCAUACGCUGCACGGCUGCUGCCAUCCAUUUGUUGAUGAUGUGCUGUGGUUAUUACUUCUGCCCUGGGUGUCCCCCAUUCUCUCUCUCCCACCAGCGUGUUGGGCACACUGGCUGCAGUGUACCUCACCGUGGCUGUCGUCGUGAGGUACUACCUGAGAGAGGAGCCAACGGCCUCCCCACAGUUCGGUGGCAGUGUAAAUUCCUGGCCCUCUACACUGUCAUGCCGACCGUCUGCCUUGGUGUCCAGUGCCAUGAGGCCACUGUCUCCAUCUACAGCGGCUUGGAGAACAAGGCUCUCCCCCACUGGGCCCUCAUCCCUGUGGGGUCCAUGCUCGUCUGCCUGUUCAUCUACUCCCUUACAGGGAUUUUUGGAUACAUGACAUUCGGGGAGGAUGUUGCGGUGGACAUCCUGAUGUCAUAUCCUGGAGACGACCUGGUGAUGAUCGUUGCCCGAUAGCUUUUUUGCUCUCUUUUGAUGUGA